AUGCCAGACAAGGUUGGUCCCCUAUUGUUCUGUCCCUCUUGCGGUAGUCUGCUCGAUGCGCCGACGGACGAGGAUGUGAUCAAGUGCCCUCCUUGCGGGGCAGACCUAGAUGCUGGAGUCUACGAUAAUCUUACCCUCACAACCCGCUCAAAUCCUUCCGCUUUCCCUUCUGCUCUCCGCCUCAAACGGCAACUCGUCACGACCGUCUCCUCUGCGGGAGAUGCGCAGGAUGGAGCUCGAGCUGACGAAGCAACAAUCAAAGAAAAGUGCCCGAAAUGCGGCAACGAAGAGAUGAGAUUUAGUACACUGCAAAUGAGAAGUGCAGAUGAAGGGACGACAGUCUUCUAUACGUGCCCCAACUGUGGAUACAAAUUCAGCCAGUGA